AUGUCAAAUAUUUUCCGCCGAACUUCUGACUUUUUCAAACAUUACGACGAACGGCAUGGCUCAGUUGAUUCUACCAAAUCUACUAGUACGCCAGCAGAGCCAAACCAGGCAAUUGUAAACUCACCUCAACCAGAGGUUCUUAAAGAAGCCCCGGUGGAAAGCCCGCCAAGCAAAAUUUCUCAGCCAAAGCAGCGGAGAUGGAGUCUCAGUCGCCAGGAGGAUGAAGAAAGCAAGAAAAAGCGCCAGCUUGAACAGCUCGAGAAAGAUCGAGUAGAAUUUGCGGCCACGAGAAAAUACGUCCAAGCUCGACGUAGAAGUGCGGGUGCAGGAAUUGGAUUUGAAGGGGGGUGGCAAGGUUGA